AUGGAUCGCUCUGGCGAGCUCAAGCGCCACUUCGAGGUGGAUGCCGACGAGACGGCGCCGACUGAGGUGAAGCGGCUGAGAGUCGACUUCCUCUUUGACAUACUCGACGACGAUGCUGGCCCCACCGGCGAGCAGGACCUCGCGUCUGUGAUGAAGAGCUUGGAGGAGGAGAUCUCCCUCCCGUCCCCUGCUGAUCUGCCGGCCGUAUCGCAUCUCUCGGAAGAGGGACUCGAGGUGGCGCGGCAGCCUGAUCUAGGGUUCCUGUAUGAGGCCUCCGACGAUGAGCUCGGGCUCCCGCCGGCCGAUGCCGCGUCCUCGGCGGAUGAGAGCGGGGCGGCCGCGGAGGCGGAUGUUGCCGGUUUCAGCCGGAUCUGGGGGUUCGACGAUGCGGUUGACGGCUACGAUGGGUUAGGGCUCGGGAUGCGGCCGGAGGAGCGGGCGUUUGAGGGUGGACAAGCGGUAGAAGGCGGACUGUUUGAUUACACUGAUGAGAUUUAUGGACCGUACGAUCUAUAUGAUCUUACGUGGCGGACUGAGUCGCUCCCUGCCGUCUGA